CACAACACAAGUUACAACAACAAUUGCAUCAACAACAGCAGAAACAACCAUCUUAACAAGCACAAUAUUUUUAACUACCACAAUUGCGGCAACAACAAGCACAGAAGAAAGCACAACAGCCACGACUUUACUGUCAACCCUAGGACCAACUACAGAAUUGACUACUACCACUGAAGACACAACACAAGUUACUACAAUAAUAGCACCAACAACAGCAGAAACAACCAUCUUACCAAGUACUGUAUUUCCAGCCACUACGAUUAUGGAAACAACAAGCACAGCAGAAAGCACAACAACCACGACUUUACUUUCAACACUUAUACCACCCACAGAAUUGACUAUUACCACUGAAGACACAACACAAGUUACAACAACAAAAGAAGCCACAACAGCAAAAACUACCAUCUUAUCAAGUAUUGUAUUUCCAACUACUACUAUUGCGGAAACAACAAGCACAGAAGAAAGCAAAGCUACAACUUUACUGUCAACAAUAAAACCACCUACAGAACUAAUUCUUACCACUGAAUACACAACACAAGCUCUAACAACAGCAGAAUCAACCAUCUCGACAAGUACUCUAUUUCCAACUACUAUUAUUCAGGAGACAACCAGCAUAGAAGGAGGCACGACAGCUGCAACUUUAGUAUCAACAAUAACACCAACUGAGCGAUUAAUUACAGAACAAAAAAAUGAAGUUAUUUCGUCCACAGAAUUGACAACAUCUGCAAGGACUACGGAAACACUCAAAUUAAUAAAUGGUUCAGCUUUGGUUCAAAGCAAAAUGGUCAUCAAUUCUUCCACUCCAGUUCCCAGUGAGAGUUUGGUCCUCAGUGCAAUCCAAAUUCUUCUGGAUGAUCGACUAACAAACCUUACUGACUAUGUUAACCUACUGAACUUUACCUUUGAGGCAAUUUCAGACACCUCAUAUGCGGUCACCUUCACAUUCAACAUCAGUAACAUCAGCAUUCCAGAGAACCCUGAGCUUAGAAAUGAUACUUAUGCGCAAGUGAAGGGCAUCAUAAACAAAGCUCUUAACACACUUCUAAAUGAUCCGGGUGCAGAGCUAUUUCAACCGCAGAGCUUUCUUUUCACGAGUUCAAAAAAUCAGGUUUAUGGUAACAUGGACUACUACUUUCAAGAUGGAGAUACAAAAACACCAGCAGCCUUCCUGAAGGAGCUUGCACCUGUGUACGUGUCCUGA